CGCGCGUAGGCACCUGAGAGGCGUGGUACCGGCGGCCGUUGAAAAAUGGCGACUGUUACUGAGCUGAAAGCUGUUUUAAAGGACACUUUGGAAAAAAGGGGCGUGUUAGGACACUUAAAAGCAAGGAUCCGCGCUGAAGUUUUCAAUGCCCUGGAUGAUGAGCGUGAACCCCGACCAUCAUUGUCUCAUGAGAACCUUCUAAUUAAUGAAUUAAUUAGGGAGUAUUUGGAAUUCAACAAAUAUAAAUACACAGCCUCUGUCCUCAUAGCAGAAUCUGGUCAACCUGUAGUUCCAUUGGACAGACAGUUUCUCAUCCGUGAACUAAAUGCCUUUGAAGAAUCAAAGGAUAACUCAAUUCCUCUGUUAUAUGGAAUUUUAGCCCACUUCUUGCGUGGUUCUCCAGAUGGAGUCCAGAAUGUGCUUCUGUCAGAGUCAACAUUGCACCCUGCAAACAAGCAUCCCAGCUGGAGGCCCAGCAGAAGAUCAGACGAUGACCACCCUGAGGAAGAACAUGGGACCAAGACCCACGACUGAAGAGCUUCAUGCCGAUGAACAAGCAGUCAGUAGAUGACGCACACACCGGGCUCUUCACCUCAGCUGUGUGUGGAGUGACUAACUUAUUCCCAGUACCACCACUGUUUGUAAAUGUUUGAGGGUCUACAAACAGUCAGCUGCUCAUGCUUUACUGCAUCCGUGGAAUGCUGAUCUGUCAUCUAGCUUGCUAGGUGACACUAGGGGAAAUCUUUUUGUCUUCAGGAUGUAUUUUUAAAGUUCUCAUUUGUGAAAUCUGAAAGGGCUUUUUUGUACUUUUUUUUUAAGGCCAGCUCUAAGGGCUGUUGAUGUGCCAAUGGUAAAGCACUGGCCCCCAUGUGCAAGGUCCUAGGUUCAGUCCUUGCACUGAAGAAAGAAAAUACAAGAACAGGUCUUUGUCCAUAUGCUCUGCUCAUUAAACUUUUUUCAGCUAGAAGAACUAUAUGGACCUAUGGGGAAAGUCAUUCAUGUUUUGAAAAAAAAUAUUUAAAGAGGCAUUAAAACCAGAACUUAAUUUAUAUAAAGUUUGAUUUUUAAAAAAAUAUCUGAAUUACUGUUUGCCCUGGCUAGUUUUAUGUCAACUUGAUACAAGCUGGAGUCAUUUGGGAAGCGGGACUCUGAAUUGAUAAAAUCCCUCCAUCAGACUGGCUUAUGGGCAAACCUGUAGUACGUUUUUCUUAAUUAAUGAUUGAUGUGGGAAGGUCUAGCCCAUUGUGGGUGAUGUCACCCCUGGGCAGGUAAUCCUGGGUUCAGUAAGAAAGACUGAGCAAACCAUGGGGAGCAAGUCAAUAAGUAGCACUCCUCUGUGGCCUCCACAUUAGCUUCUGCCCUGAUCUCUCUCAGUGAUGAACUGUGAUAUUGAAUGUAAGUUGAAAUAAACCCUCUUCUUCCCAA